AUGUUGACGCUGAUCAUCCCUUUGAUCUUAUCACGACACCUGCGUACACGUUACCUUCUGAAACCAAGAGAUGGCAUGUGCUCACAACAUGAUCAUUCGUGGCCUGAACUCAAUAUACCCCAAUCACAACACGCCCAGCCCUCCGACCAUCACGCGUUCUGCAACUAUGCCAAUCAGUGGUAUCAAUAUCUUCAUGUCCACUACUCUGGAGAGGAGAAACAUUACUUCCCAGCUAUUGAGCGUCUCUCAAGGCAAGGGGGACUCAUGAGUCGUAAUGUGGAUCAACACAAGGCGUUCCAGGACGGGGUCGAGGAGUUCAGCCUAUAUGUUCAGGGUUGCCUGAAUGAAAACCCCGAUUUUAGGGGCAAUGAGCUCAUUAGGAUUAUCGACGCAUUCUCUGAGGCUCUCAUUGGGCACUUGAAUGGUGAAAUCGAAACAAUGCUUGGCCUUCCGGAGGUUGGCGAAGAGAGAACGGCGGAAAUACUGGAUAUACAUGCUCAAGCUGUAGGGGGCGUUCUGGUAAGGACCUGCAAUAUGCCUAUUGAUGAACAGCACCUGCUGAUUGCCUCCCCGUACAACAGAAAGCAGGGAAUGGUCACCAGGCUGCCGUUUGCGAUAAGCAACCUGGAUCUUCACUACGAUGGCGGCAUACGUGCUAAGACGUUCCCACCCCCAGAGGCAGCAGAGCCUUUGUUCGUGAUCCGACAUAUCGGAUUAUGGUUUCAUCGAGACUGGUGGAAGUUUGCUUCCUGUGACCGCUUAGGAAACCUGCAGCCCCUUUAUGCUGUACCAAAGAAGUCAAAACAUUACCGUUCUGGGUAG